AUGGAUACGCUCGACACCCACACCGCGCUGGGGUUUCCCAACGUCAGCGACAAUGGCGUGACGUGCGCCGGCUGCACGCAGCGAUGGGGCGCUCCGGCGACGAGUCUGUUUACGUGGCGACGCUGUGUCUGCUGCCGGGCGCCAGCAGAGCGUACCUCGUGCAGAUGUGGCGACCCCUCUUGGGGGCUCUCUCUUUUAGCUCACGUGUUGCUCACCUACUGGCGUGUGAUUCGUACCGUGACGGUGCUGCUGUCCGAUCGGCACGCCCCAGCGCAGCACUGUGCAACACUUUAUUGGCUCCUGUUCUCCACCUCCCCUCCCCCCUUUUCUGGGUCACCUUCGCAGUUUGUCUUUGUGCUGCUUUCCCCACGAUUGAUGAUCGCUGAAGGGGACGUGUGGUCCGUGGCGACGGGGGGGUGA